AUGGAGAGUAAAUUAUAUGAAGCAUCACUACAGGCUGAUGUGACUUCCUUGACAGAGUUGCUAAAGGAAGAUCCACUUAUUCUUGAAAGAGAAAUUACUGGUUACGGUAAUGAAAGUCCUUUACACAUAUCAGCUAUAUGCGGUCAUAUAGAAUUUGCAGCUAAACUUCUAAUUUUGAAACCUGAACUGGCGUCGGAGGUAGAUUCUAAAGGAUUUUCUCCUCUUCACUUGGCUUCACUGAGGAAACAUGUUGAAAUGGUGAGAGUAUUGUUAGCGUCUGAUCCUGAUGUUUGUGUUGCUACAGAUCAAGAUGGAAGAACCCCACUCCAUUUAGCUUCAAUGAAACGCCAACUUGAAAACGUGAAGCUGUUAAUUGAGACCAAACCAGACGCAAUCAAGAUAUUAUUGAAUCAAGAGGAAAACAUUCUACACUUCUGCGUCAAGCAUAACAGUUUGGAGGCAUUGAAGCUAUUGAUCGAACUAGUAGGAAGCCGGUUAGACCCUACCAAUGAGGAUCAGGAAUCUGUUACUGUUAACUCAAGAGAUUACCAUGGAAAUACAAUCUUACAUCUUGCUGUUGCCAGGAAGCAGGUGAAGAUGAUAAAAUAUUUGGUGAAUAACAGUCUCGGAAUUGAAAUAAAUGCCUUGAACAAGAAUGGUUUCACGGCUAUGGAUAUCUUAGCUAAUCAGACUAUCAAAGAAUUGAAAGACAUAGAAGUUGAAGAACUUCUUCGGCAUGCUGGGGGAUUAAGUUCAAGAGAACAGUCUUCAACAUCUGACCACAAUCAAACAGUAGUAAUAUCGGAACCUUCCAAUGACGGAAUAAAUAUCGUUCCCGAAAAUGAUAACACGAAGAUUAGUAAGGAUCCGCUUAAGGAUUGGAUCACAAAUAAACAGAAUAUCUUGAUGGUGGUAGCAGUUCUCAUGGCAACAAUGGCAUUUCAAGCUGGAACGAGUCCACCAGGUGGUGUUUGGCAAGAUGACUCAAAGCUUGAGUUUGACACUGACCCCAGUAUGUUCUAUUAUUAUGCAGUUUCUACUGAUAAAUGCACGAGUGGGGAUUCAAAAGCGAUAGAACAACUGCGCUCUUACACGAAUAGUACAGUUUUCUUUCCGCAACAGUGUGUUAUGGAAGAUAUUUGGACAAGUAAUAUUUCAAACCACACGGGGUUUUCUCCUUAUUUGCUACGCUAUGCUGGAACAUCUAUAAUGGCUUACAGGUCACCCACUCCCUACUGGGUCUACAUAGCUUGUAACACGAUUGGAUUUUACUCAUCUCUGAGUAUAAUCUUAUUGCUUUUAAGUGGAUUACCCUGCAAACAGAAAGUUUUUGUUUGAAUUCUUACAGGGAUAAUGUGGAUUGCAGUAUCAUCCAUGGCCUUAAGUUACUUAGUUGAACUGUCAAGUAUGAUACCCCCUUUCUACCAGGAUGUUGGAUUUCUUACUUGGAUACUCAUUGGAUGGUCUCUGGUCAUGGCUUUUAUUUUGCUGCUGCACUUUUGCGACUUCAUAUCAUCCCGCAAGAAAAAUUUGGGAAAUACUCGUCAAAAUAUAAGGAGAUCACACGAAGGAAACUGAAGAUGAAACACAUGCAAUAGUGUGGUAAGCAUGUGUGUGGUACAGUAUUUUGUAUGAUCUAUAAAGUGUUUGCCGAAGUGGUCUAUGUAAUUUAUGUUACUGAACUUAUUUCUAUGGAUUGAGAAUUUUACUAGCAAACGAAGCUUAGAUAUAACCAGGUAAUUUUUGUAUGUUUUUGCCCUACCUUCUUUGUUGGGUCUGGUCUAGCUUAGGCCAUCUUUUCUUUCUUUUGUUGCAUCUGUAUUGUGCUCCUCUCUUUGUAGUUCAUCCUGGGGCUUAACCCGUGCCGUAACGGCA